UCAUUUUCUCAGCCCUCCUCAGUCAAUCUGAUUUCUUCUACGUGUAGUAUCCGGAUCAUUUUGCUGAUAUAGUUAUCCGUCUGAAUAGUCGCCUUUGAUGGAGGUUCGCACAGCUGGGAUACUGUACACUACCAUCCACCCAAAUCCUUCUAUUGCCACUGCACUGUUAGCGCAGCUAGGCACAUACGACUCAGGCAUCGCAACUGGAGCCAGCACAACACUGAACUUUAAACAAUUUGAACCUCAGUUUUGUUACUGUACGUUACAAAAAGUACGACAUCGCGUCUUGCCCUACACAACUCAACGCGCCUCUCCUUCCAUUUUCCAGGUUUUAUAACGACAAUUCACACAAAACCCAAAGUGACUGAUCAAACACGAGCAGGAACAUAGGGCAGUAAUAAUUUUCACCAGGGCAGCUAUGACUACCAUCUCGCCGACCAAGCGGCGUAUCCUCGGGUCAUUGAAUCCCAACGCGUCACCUUGUCCGGGCUCCAAGCCUGAGUUCGACGCCGGGCAACUGGAAGUGCAAGCUACCGAAUCGUCUGUCCUUCCUGCGGGAUAUGAUAAGGAUCGUGAAGAGGAGCCAGCUAGGAAGAGGGUGUGCCUCGAGCGGGAUCAUCGGGGAGCACAACGCCACCAGCAGAUAGAAGCUGAUGGUCAUAGGAGGAAUCAGUCGAGGUCGACCUCUCCUCCUACCGAGUCUAGAGUCUUGUUUGGAAAGUCGACCACCAACGUCUCACAGUCCACCACGACUGUGAUACCUGCAGAAAUGGAGCACGAGAGAGAAAGGUCCUUAUCAGUGCUACCAGCCCUUCAUCCAACCCGCGUGGCAGCCGAAGGAGCAGCCUUUUCCGCCCCCAUGGCAACCCAAAUCGCUUACCCAGCCGGUCUUGUUGAGAACUUCCAUAAUCACAAGCAGCCAAAAAGGACAAACAACCCCCGUCUUCGUUUAGCAAACCAGGCGGCCAGACAGAAAGCGGAAAUCAUCCGUCUCCGCCUUAGCCUAGCCGCUUACAAGAUUCAAACGGGCCAGACGGACGUCCCGCUUGAGCAACUGGAGGUGCGUUCACUGCUACCGCCGGGGGCUUACCACCACAGUCAACGACGGCUGGCUGAUGGUGCCUCAUCAGAAGCAGCAGUGGACAACUAUCAUGACGGCAGCAACAUCAACCCGGCAAGCUGGAGUUUCAGCAGCAGCAGUACCAACAGCAGCAGCCAAGGCACAGGUUACGUCCAGCGCGUAAACCACCUCCGCCACGCUGCCGGAGCAGCUAUCGAAGCCGUACAAGCGAAACAGGAGCGUCGAACGGCAUGGGGGCGGGAAAGGGAACAACAGUACAGGGAAUGGUAUGAACAGUAUCGCCAUCGUGAUCAUCAAGGUUCCACUUGGGAUCAUGCCGCUGAGCAAAAGAAUCACGAUGGAUUUUCUAGGGAUCAAAACCGGCAGCGUCAGCCGCAACAUGAACCGCAGCAGCAGCGGCGGCAGCGGCAGCAGCGCACAAAUCUCGGAAGUGGAAGGAAACCACUACCUGAUCGACGGGCUCGUGAGAGCUGGAGUGGUUCUACUUCCACUGGCGGCACAGCUGCUAUCGGAACCGCGACCACGGCGGCGGCGACUACGUCGCCUCAUCUCAACCGUUUGGACCUCGCGGAACGCGCGUUACAGGCUCAUCAGCGGCUUCAGUCGAGGGCGGUCACGGAAGAGCUACCGAUGGAGCAUGAGCAUGAACAUGAUGAGAUCGACUCGGAGCAAAACUCUCUACAACUCACACACCACCACCACCACCACCAACCCCAACAGCAGCAGCAGCGUCGACAAUACAUGGAUCACGACCGCAAUGGGUGGGUGGUACACCCUACUACAGAGAACGUCCCAGAGGUUGCCGAUGAUAUCGGUGAAGGGCCAGGGAGGGGGGACCUGGAUGACGAAGAGGAGGAGGAGAUCGCACCAUCCAGAUCCAGGAGUCAGAUGGUGGGCUCCGGCUCGGGUUACUCCACUGAACCUGAACCAGAGCCUGGGUUGCCGAGUUUGUCGCCGUUUCAGUCGCAUGCGGCAGCGUCAGUUGAACAUGAGGAUCAGGGGGAGGGUGUAGAUGAGGAGGAAGGGGAAGAGGAGGAGGAGCAAGGUGAGGAUGGGGAUGAGGCUGCUAGUGGAUUGUUGAGCUUGUCGAGAGGGUGAGUCUUAAGAGUAGAGAAUGGUUCUGGCUGUGCUUUGGGUAGUGGCUGUGGGAUAGGAGGCGUUGAAGAGCUUUGAAUCUUUUGGUUUAUGUUUGGAAAACAGUGGCUUACGGAGUAUGGUCAUGGUCGGUAUUCUAAAAGGCAUUCAGUUAGGACUGUGUAUUCGUGGUCGAUAUCUCGCAGAGGAGUUGGCAUCAUGGUGUUAGACGGUAUCAUAUAGCAUAUAUCUGUGUAUGACUGACCGUACCUAGCGCCUUCGCAUUUUGAUUUUGAUUAUUCAAGGCAC